UUUGAGAGACUCGUGUGUUUGUUUUGCUUCUGCCUCGCAGAUGACAGCUCCUCGGUUUCCUUCCCUGUAGCUGACACCGCUCACCGGCAGAAUGCUGACCGCGGAGGACUUCUCCCGCUUCCCGCUGCUCAUGUGGGAGAAGGUGCUGUCGAAGGUGAAGAAGGCGGUGGUGUUUAUGGAUGACGAGUGCGCGGAGGCUCUCCACUGGAGCGGAGGUGCUGCAGCCUUGUUGGAGGCAGGAGCCCGGAACGUGAGGCCGUUCUCCAGCUUCGAAGCCUGCGGUGCCAACGAGCCCAAAGCCGUGUUUGUCGUGAGCACGCUGCUGAAGGGGAGGACAGUGGACGUCAUUAAAGACGUCCUCUCCCUCAGCCACUUCCAGUACUGCAUUGUCUUCACCACCGUGGCUCACUCCGUGCACCUGCUCGCCAACAAGGUGACCGCGGACAUGGAGGGCAGCCCUGUGUUUGAGCAGUUUGAGGAGAAGCUAUGCGAGUGGAUGGGCAACAUGAACUACACGGCUGAAGUCAUGCACGUGCCGGUGGUCUUCGCCCCCGUGUCACAGCAGCUACUCCUCGCGCCCAUGUUUGCCCACCUGUUCCCCCUGCUCAGCCCUGACCUGGACACGAUCAAUGAAAAACGACCAGAGAAGAAGAGAUUCGGGAGCCUGGUCGAUAUAGACAUGAGCUGCCUCCCCGCUGAGCUGCAGAUCGAAAUCAAAUCCUUGACGUCAGUGUUAAAUGCGAUGUUUGAGGCCACAGGCACCAAGGAGGAGAGCUUCUCUGUAGGUCCCAUGAGCCGCAUCAUAGCAGGAGAACUGGCCAGUCACCCUCAAGCGAAGAGUCGAAGGAAAACAGCCCCAAAUAAAGCGUCAAUCAUCUUUGUGGAUCGAACGAUGGAUCUUACAGGAGCUGUUGGUCACCAUGGUGACAACCUGGCGGAGAAGAUUCUGACCGUGCUCAAACCCUUACCUGGUCAUGUGACAGAUGUACAGGUGGAUAUGCUGGAGCUCACCAGUCUGCAGCGCACCCCUCACUCCCAAAACACCCUGGCCCCCGGCUGUCUCGCACAACACCAGUCACCUGCAGCACAGUCACUGUGGGAGGCCAUGCUGACCAGUAAACAAAAAGAGGGGGUGAUGGAGGUCCGGCGGCAGUUGGUGGAAGCGGCCAGUAAGGAGAAGCUGCCAAUCAAGAUGAGCAUGGGUCGUGUGACCCCUGAGCAGCUGUGCUCCUACACGCAGCUGUUUCGGAGCAGUUGGGGCGCUCUGGAGAGUCACUGCGGGUUGCUCCAGCUGGGCCUGGCCACGGCCCAGACACUCGGCCACCCCAACCUUCCCCGCUGGGACUCCUGCCUGGCCUUCGAGCGCCUGCUGCUGCAGGCUCUCGGGGAUUCUGAUUUCCCCACUGUGCUGAGGCAGCUGCUGCCCUUGAUGCGGCCCCGUGGAGGCGACGACAGCUCAGACCCGGGGUCAAGGUCCAAGGAGGAUGAGUGUGGGCCUGAUGAGCUGAUCCUCCUGCUGGUCUACCUGUACUCCCUGGCCGACGAGGCGCAGCCUGCAGACCAGGGCAGCGAGGAGGAGGAGGAGCUGGAGAAGCUGGAGAGGGACCUGAUAGGAGCACUCACCCUGGUCAUCACGCGGGAGACGGAGCUCAGCCCCUUGCUCCAGAAACUCACUGGCUGUGCAAACCCAGAGGAGCUGACCACAGAGCGAGCCCACACUGCAAUGGAGGACAUGUUCGAGACCCUCAGAGGGUUGAGCCACUCAAGAGAUCACCUCAAGCAACUGAACUCCGUCUACACUGCCAGCGAUGGCGUUCACCAGGCGACGUAUCGUCCUUUCCUGCGACAGGUCCUGGAGGAAGUCUUCCACCCCGACAGACAUGAAUGUCCCGACAUCGAACACAUGUCUGGAGGUCUCACAGACCUGCUCAAGACCGGCUUCAGUAUGUUCAUGAAGGUGAGUCGCCCGCAUCCCAGCGACAACCCCGUGCUCCUCCUCUUUGUGGUAGGAGGCGUCACACCUUCAGAGCUGCGUCUCAUCAAAGAGAUGUUCACCACACACAAACCAGGGACACAGGUGCUGGUUCUGUCCACCAGGUUGCUGAGGCCGACCGAUAUCCCCGAGCUGCUCUUCGCCACCCAAAGACUGGCGCCUGACAUCGGGGUCUGAAAGGCAGAAGAACUGCACCACAAACAAAAGCUGUAAAAUGGAAAUGAAGGGAUUGAUUAGCAAGUGCAACAUUCCUAACCUGUGUGUGAGUUGGUGGAAAUACUCUGAAAGAGGGUUGUAAAGUAAUAAUAUAGAUAUUAGAUUAUCUCUCUUGGAAACAGAAAUGUGAUAAAUGUGUUUGACACUUGACAUCCUUCAUCUUUCUGACUACCAGUAUGUUUCAGAAGCUCCUUGCACCAAAUAUUAAAAAUAAAACGUGCUGAUCCUUUUUAUCAACA